AUGCUGAAGUGCAUCCCCUUGUGGCGGUGUAACCGGCAUGUGGAGUCAGUGGACAAGCGGCACUGCUCACUACAGGCUGUUCCAGAAGAGAUCUAUCGUUACAGCCGCAGCCUGGAAGAACUGCUGCUUGAUGCCAACCAGCUGAGGGAGCUACCUAAGCCUUUCUUCCGCUUGCUGAAUCUUAGAAAAUUGGGCCUAAGUGACAAUGAGAUUCAGAGGCUACCACCUGAGGUGGCCAACUUCAUGCAGCUGGUGGAGCUUGAUGUCUCCCGAAAUGACAUUCCUGAGAUACCUGAGAGUAUCAAGUUUUGCAAAGCCCUGGAGAUUGCAGACUUCAGUGGGAAUCCCCUAUCCAGGCUCCCUGAUGGCUUCACCCAGUUGCGUAGCUUAGCUCAUCUUGCCUUGAAUGAUGUAUCUCUGCAGGUGCUGCCAGGAGAUGUGGGCAAUUUGGCUAACUUGGUGACUUUAGAGCUACGGGAGAACCUAUUAAAGUCCCUUCCUACGUCCCUGUCCUUCCUUGUCAAACUGGAACAGUUGGAUCUAGGUGGCAAUGACUUGGAAGUGCUGCCAGAUACUCUGGGGGCUCUUCCUAACUUGCGAGAACUAUGGCUGGACCGAAAUCAGCUGUCUACACUGCCUCCGGAGUUGGGGAACCUUCGGCGCUUGGUGUGCCUAGAUGUGUCUGAGAACAAAUUAGAGCAGCUGCCUGCUGAGGUCAGUGGGCUGACCCUGCUCACAGACCUGUUGCUCUCUCAGAACCUGUUGGAGAGGCUCCCAGAUGGCAUUGGCCAACUGAAACAGCUCUCUAUUCUGAAGGUGGAUCAGAAUCGACUUUGUGAGGUUACUGAAGCCAUUGGAGAGUGUGAGAACCUAUCAGAGCUCAUUCUCACUGAAAACAUGCUGACGGCUCUUCCUCGAUCCUUGGGGAAGCUAACCAAACUGACUAACCUGAAUGUGGACCGAAACCGGUUAGGAACACUGCCUGCAGAGGUCGGUGGCUGUACCAGUCUGAAUGUGCUUUCCCUUCGUGACAACCGCCUGGCCUCUCUACCCCCUGAAUUGGCUGGCACCACUGAACUACAUGUGCUGGAUGUGGCAGGGAACCGGCUGCAGAGUUUGCCCUUCGCCCUCACCCACCUCAACUUGAAGGCCCUGUGGCUGGCAGAGAACCAGGCUCAGCCCAUGCUCAAGUUCCAAACAGAGGAUGAUCAGAAGACUGGGGAGAAGGUGCUCACCUGCUACCUGUUGCCCCAGCAGCCCUCACCUAGCCUUGACACCCUGCUGCAAAGCAGCCUGGAUGAGAGCUGGAGUGGCAGCCACAGUCAUGUGAACCGGGUCAGCGUAAUCCAAUUCUUAGAGGAGCCCAUGGGUAUGGAGGAUGAGGAGCCUGGGGCAGAGAAGAGGGGUCUACAGCGAAGAGCCACUCCCCACCCCAGUGAGUUGAAGGUUAUGAAGAAAGUGAUUGAGGAUCGACGUAAUGAGGCCUACACAGCAAAGCCUGACUCAGAGCAAAUGUUGCCCACUGAAGAGGAAAAGAGACUGAGCUCUCAAUCCCACCAGAGCAUGGACUCUCAUGUGUCCACCAGCACAGCCUCAGCAGGUUUCCUGGAAGAGGAAGAAGAGGUGGAGCAGAAACAGGGGCCAACAUCAGAAAAGGAGACAAGUCACAGAGCCAAUGAGGAGGAGUUGGAAAUUAUGGCAGCUAGCCAUGAGGAGGAAGUGGAGGAGGAAUAUGAUGAGCCCACUGUGCACUUUGCAGAGGACACACUGGUACGGAGUGAAGAUGAAGAUGAAGCCGAGGAACUGAGGCCCCCACCUGGGGAGAGGCAAAGGCUGAUCCGGAAAGAUACCCCCCAUUACAAGAAGCACUUUAAAAUUACCAAGCUGCCCAGGCCUGAGGCUGUGGUGGCCUUGCUUCAGGGGCUGUCAGGGGAUGGAGAGGGGGAGCUAGCCCCAACAGGCUGUAGCAAUGGCCCCCAUGCUUCACAUGAGCAGAGGCCUCUCCCUUGGGGCCAGCAUGCUGAAAUGAACAAGGAAGAGGACAAUGAACCUAAUGAAGAGAAGAAUGGGGCGGUGGCUGCUCCACCUUCUGUCAAGGGGGUGUCGUUUGACCAGGCCAAUAACCUGCUGAUAGAGCCUGCUCGCAUUGAGGAGGAAGAGCUGACACUAACAAUCCUGCGGCAGACAGGUGGCCUGGGGAUCAGCAUCGCAGGGGGGAAGGGCUCCACCCCAUACAAGGGAGACGACGAGGGCAUAUUCAUCUCUAGAGUCUCAGAGGAAGGUCCUGCAGCCCGAGCUGGGGUUCGAGUAGGAGACAAGCUACUAGAGGUGAAUGGUGUGACCCUACAAGGGGCUGAGCACCAUGAGGCAGUGGAGGCACUUCGGGGUGCAGGUGGAGCAGUGUUGAUGAGAGUCUGGCGGGAGCGAAUGGUGGAGCCAGAGAAUGCAAUCACCGUCACUCCUUUGCGUCCGGAGGAUGACUAUAGUCCCCGAGAGAGGCGGGGGAGUACCCUUCGUCUGUCUGAGCCUUCCAGUCCCACCUGCCCUCCUCGCCAACGACAUACUACCUUUCUAGUCAGAAGUGAAAGAGGCCUUGGUUUCAGCAUUGCUGGUGGCAAAGGCUCUACACCCUAUCGAGCAGGAGAUGGGGGAAUCUUCAUCUCAAGGAUUGCUGAAGGUGGGGCUGCCCACCGGGCAGGCACAUUGCAGGUUGGGGACCGAGUAAUCUCAAUCAAUGGGGUAGACAUGACAGAGGCCAGACAUGACCAGGCAGUCGCACUGCUUACUGCUGCCUCCCCUACCAUCACGCUGCUGCUGGAACGAGAGGCUGAUGGGCCUCUCACCCCUGCUGCACCACUCAGCUCCCCUCUACCCCCCAGCCCUGUCACACCCAUGGCAGUUGGGGAGCCUGGGCCCCCUCCUAGCUUCAUGACCACCACUCUAGAAGGACCGUAUCCUGUGGAGGAAGUCUGCCUGGUGAAGGCUGGUGGGCCUCUGGGGCUGAGUAUUGUUGGAGGCUCUGACCAUUCCAGCCACCCAUUUGGGAUCCAGGAGCCUGGUGUGUUCAUCUCUAAGGUGCUUCCUCGGGGAUUGGCUGCUCGAAGUGGGCUUCGUGUGGGUGACAGAAUUCUGGCGGUGAAUGGGCAAGAUGUUCGAGGAGCUACACAUCAGGAGGCUGUGAAUGCCCUACUCAGCCCCACCCCUGAGUUGUGUCUGCUGGUACGGAGAGAUCCUCCCCCACCAGGCAUGAAGGAGAUUUGCAUUGAAAAGGCCCCUGGGGAGAAGUUGGGGAUCAGUAUACGAGGUGGGGCCAAAGGUCAUGCUGGGAACCCCUUUGACCCCACUGAUGAAGGUGUCUUCAUUUCCAAGGUGAGCCCAGCAGGUGCUGCUGGGCGAGAUGGCCGCCUUAGAGUGGGAAUGCGGCUCCUUGAGGUGAAUCAGCAGAGCCUGCUAGGCCUGACACACACUGAGGCUGUGCAACUACUUCGUGGUGUCGGAGACACCCUUACAGUGCUUGUCUGUGAUGGUUUUGAUCCUGUAGCUGCUGCUGCCCUUGAGAUGUCUCCAGGUAUCAUUGCCAACCCCUUUGCUACUGGUAUUGGACGCAAGAACAGCCUGGAGAGUAUCUCAUCCAUUGACCGUGAUGUGAGUCCUGAAGAUCUGGACAAGACCCUGAGUCCAGAACCCCUGAGACUGGAUUACCGAACCCUGGCUGCUUUACCUGGAAGCAGCAGUAUCCAGAGAAUUAAUUCCAGGGCUUCUCCGGGGGCCAUAGGAAAUCCUCUUGAAGCCCCUCGCUCUCCCAGUAGCCAACAGCCUCGUACCUGUCCCCCAUCCCCACCCUCCCCCAGUGAGUUCCCUGUCAAUGUUAAGCAGGCCUACCGGACUUUCGCAGCUGUGCCCCCCCCUCACCCUCUGACAGAGGCUCCUUCCCAGGUGGUAUCUCCUGGUAAUGCUGCCAGCCCAGAACAGUUGUCUUUCCGUGAGAGACAGAAAUACUUUGAGUUGGAGGUGAGGCCUCCCCAGGCUGAUGGCCCACCAAAAAGGGUAUCCUUGGUUGGUGAGGAUGACCUUAAGAAGAUGAAGGAAGAAGAAGCACGGAAGCUACAGCAGAAACGGGCCUUACUUCUUCAGGAAGAGGAAGAAGAGGAGGCAGAGGAAGUUGUAGCAACUGCCCCUGCCCCUGCCCCUACCCCAUUGGAGGGUCUGGAGUCCCUAGGAGAACAAAAGAGCUGCCUCCCCCAAACUGAGCCCUCCCAUUCCCAGAGGAACUCACUGGAAGAAGGAUCCCAACAAGAGCCACGCCCCAACUGCCCAGCCAGGCUGAGCCCCAUGUCAUUGGGGGGCGGGGAAUUGGGAGCCCCAGUCCGGACAGCCAAGGCUGAACGACGGCAGCAGGAACGGUUGCGUAUGCAGAGUCCAGAACUCCUGAGUGGGCCUGAACGGGAGCUAUCCCCAGCUGAACGACGAGCCCUGGAGGCUGAGAAGAGGGCACUCUGGCGGGCAGCCAGAAUGAAGUCCUUGGAGCAAGAUGCCCUACGGGCCCAGAUGGUCAUCGCCAAAUCUCAAGAAGGACGGGGAAAACGGAGCCCUCUGGGCCAGCUGACAGAGGCCCCCUCGCCUGCACCCACUCCCUCACCGACGCCACUUGAAGAUCUUAGCCCCAGGAUUGUCACCUCACCUGGCAGGCUGUCCUUGUCUGAAAAGAAGUUUGACUACCGGGAAUUUGCUGCUCUUCCUUCUUCCAGGCCUGUAUAUGACAUUCAGUCUCCAGAUUUGCCAGAGGAGCUCAAAUACCUGGAAGACAGCCUCAGUCCUGGCCUCCAGGAGGAGGAUGGAGAGGUAGAGCAAGUAUUGUUGGGCCCCCCUGGACCCAGUCCUACAGCCCUGGAGGAAGUGACCCUCUGCAGCACCCGUCGGAAACUUCGACAUGAACGGCGUGGCCUGGACCCUGUGCCCUCCUAAGCCCCAUAAAGGGGAGAAGGGUUGGGAGAGGGCCCUCGAUCCUAUGUCCUCUUAGGCCCUCCAGAAGGGGAAGAGGAACCUGAACCCAUGCCCUCCUAAAACCCCAAGAGGGUUAAAGGGAGUGGUAGGGACCUCUUGGCCCCAUAGAAUGCUGCCGGAGUAGAGGGAAGGAAAGGGUCUAGGUCCCAUGCUCUCCUAGAUUCCGAGGGCACACUUUCUUCCCCCAACCUCACUGAAGGAGCUGAUAGAUGGGAAGUUUGUAAAUCGUGUCUAAGGAAUGAAAGAGCAAAAAUCUAUAACCAGCCACCAGCCACACUGUGCUGGCCCUUUCCUCAGUGUCUGAUCUGAUGUGUAAGGGAACCAGCCAGUGGUAGGGCUCAGUGGAUGCUGCUCUCUCUGGGCUCCAUGUUUGACUCCUGGGGUAGAGAUGAGCAGUUUCAGCCCCCAGCCUCAGACCCUUCUUUCUGGAUUCCCUUCUCCCCUGGCUGUGGCUGUUCUUUUGAGCUGAAUCAAUGGUGACCUCCUAUCCCCGUGAAACUGGAUCAUUUUAAUGGGAUUUUGGUUUCCCUUUGAUUGGGGGUGGUGGUGGGGCAGGCAUUUAUCACAAAUCAUUGUUCAUUGCUCCCCCUUCCCAUUCCCCUCAUCCCUGGGAACUUUUUCUAACUCAGUUUUAGCGUUUUAACUCAAAACUGUUGGGAGCCUCCUGGCUCAGCUUCAGUGACUAACUUGUGUGUCUUCCCUUACCCACCCCUCAGUCCUCCCUCCUAAAAAAACCUGGUACUGGGCGUGUCACACGCCAGGGAAGCUAGCAUCAAGACUGUAACUAGUGACAUUUGUACAACCAAAGAAAUCUAUUUUGUGGUUUAAGGAUAAUAAAGUUUACUUUACAUUUUA